AAUGUCAUCAAAAUGCUUUGUAUUCGGCGGUGUGUCGCAAAUUUUUCUUGUCUCUUGCUAGAAGUUUGAAAUUAUAAUUUAUACCUAUAAAAAGCUAAUAUUCAAUAUAAAAUUUAUUAAUUAAGUGAGUUGUGCAACUGGUGCCGUGAAUUCAUAUAAAAUUUAUAAGUUUGAAACAGGUUUUCGGGCUGAAAAUCGCUUUAGAAAAUGUCAACAAAAGCCAGUGAAGAAGAGGCUCACCAUGAUGAGAGUGACAUUACGGAUGAGUUUAUUGAUGAUGAAGGCGAUAAAUCUGGGUACUUUCCAGGUAAAACCGUUACGAUACAGAUGUUGCUUGGUGCGAAUGUCCUGCAGGCUGGGAAGGGUGCUAUGAGCAUUGAGUAUUUGGGACAAAAAUUUAUCGGAGAUCUGCUGCCGGACGGAAAGAUAAAAUCUCACGAAACGGAAACCAUUUUCUGUUCUCCGAGUGCUUGGGCCAUUUACUGCAAGCGCAUAAUCAAUCCGGACAAGAAAUCGGGUUGUGGAUGGGCUAAUGUUAAGUACAAAGGCCGGAAAUUAGAUGCUUACAAGGCGGCGUACCACCGCAAACAAUCGCAGAAGGAAAAGGAUCACAAGGACGAUGUAGCUCCAGUUGAUGGCUGUGCCGAAAUUGUCAUUUUAGAUGCCCCAGAAGAAACUGAAGAAGAUAAGACAGCAAUGGAACCACCUCCAGUCCGGAGAAAUAUAGUGCAACAUAAUACCGUUAGCAAUCGUAAUAUGCUACAUGAUGCAAAUACUUUGAUCGAGUCCAUACCUUUUACGUCUAUUGGUAAGAUGCAACCGUUCCUGGUCUCGGUGUCUUCGUCCACAAUCCUGGUUAUGGAUUUCCAUUGCCAUCUUACGAACAAUGAAGUAUGUGGAUAUCUUGGUGGCACGUGGGAUAUCAAUGCACAUAAUCUGUCAAUCACGCACGCUUUUCCUUGUCGUAAUUCACGAUACGAUCGCGAUAAGGCCGCUAUGUGUGAGUUACAGAUUCAGAAACUGAUGGUUAAGAAAAAUCUCAACCUGGUUGGGUGGUAUCACUCCCACCCGCGUUUUCCGGUGCAACCAACAUUGAGGGAUUGUGAUGCUCAAUUGGAGUAUCAAAUUAAAAUGAGGGGACCAACGGAAGCUUCCUACAUACCAUGUGUGGGUUUUAUCUGCUCUCCUUACAAUGACGAUAAUAUUACUUUGGAAUCAAGCAUUCUGUCGUUCUGGGUUUUACCACCGCCGGAAAAUCGUCCUGCGGAAUAUGGACGACCGAUGCAGAUGUCAUAUAACUUAAUACAUGAUGAGCUGCUCUCGGAAGAUAUUAAGGAAGAAAUGAUGCUAACUGUGGAUUACUACAAGCAGUUCAAUCGUGAGCUAAUCAAUUUUCAAUCCGCUUACAAAAAUGAGAUAACGUACAUUGAAAAAUUGAAAAGAACUCUGCAACCAAAGUUUCCAUUGGAUUCAUUAACUGGACAUUUCUGGAAUUGGAUCCGCGAACUAUUGGGAUUAGAUCCAGAAGAAAUUAUUGCCAUUCCGGAACCACCACCGCCUCCCCCCGUACCUAUAAGCAUUCCCAGGAUUCCAGAGCCUCUGUCCACCCCAGCAAUUGUCAAUCUGACUAACGUGGAAGAUAGCAGCGCCACUACCGAGAACAAGAAUGAUGAUGACUUCGACGGAGUGUCCGAAAUGGGUGAUUCCGAUGUAAUUUCCCUGAAGGAUGAUGACCCGAAAGUACCUUCAUUGGCCGUUCCUAGCUUACAAGCGCAGCUUAAGCGACCGUCCGGUUUGAACAUGACGCCGUCUCCAUUGUCUAGCUCACUAGUAGUAUUGCCAACAAAUCUAAGCCAGAAUAAUUCCAACAACGCCAACAAUAACAAUAAUGUUAACAAUCACGGAUCCAUAACUACUAAUACAUCUUCUCCCAGAGAUAGUCCCAUCACAAUUCCAUCGAAUUCAGCAAGUCCUGCAAAGUUUGAAAUCCCCGUCCGUGCGAGUCCAUCUCCGGCUAAAUCGGAUACUUCAUCAUGUCGUAGCCGCACCAGAAAUUCGCCUGCUCCGAGCCCAGGCAAGCUCUCCAUUGGGGACAUACUCGGAAGUGGCAAUAGGAAUAGCCCCACCCUCAACUCUCUAAUUGGAAACAUGGGCAACAACGUGUCCAACAUUCACGAUCUUUAUGCUGCUACGUUUGCCUCUCUGGGCAGCUCACUUCCAGCGAAUCUCCUCCCUCAGGAUUAUGCCUCACUCUUCCAGAACACGAAACGUGACGAGUAUGGUCUAUCGGCAUUAAAUGCAUUGGCUCAAGUCGCAGCCGCAUCCGGAAUCUCAAAUUCGCAAAUCAACGAGACUCUCCUACACAGUCUCAACAGAAGCAUUUCUUCUAAAACAGGACAGACAUCAACGGUCACUACUACAACGGCCACAAUGACCCCGAGCAAUGCCUCGUCUACGGUGGCCGCAGCUGCAGCGGCGGCAGCAGCAGCAGCUAGCAAUUCAUCAUUACCGGCAAUUCCCAAUAUGAAGGAAUUUAUGCAGCAGCUCGAGAAAGGAAACCUAAGCUUACUGAUGCAAUCUCAGUACGCGAAUCCAUUGGCUGGGAUGACAGGACUUCCUGGACAAUCGAGUACUGGAUCGAGCGGCGGUAAAUCCGGAUCGAGUCGUUCAUCCAGCAAAUCAUCACGUUCGAAAUCACAACAACAAUCGGUCCAGCAGCAACUGCAGCAAGCGCAGCAGCAGUUGCUCCAGCAGCAACAACAGCAACAUCAAACACUUAUGGAUUAUGCCGAUUUCACCAGCAAGUUCGACCAAAGCAAACUUGCCGAUCUGAUGAAAUCUCCCGAAUACUCUCAAAUACUUCUACAGCAAGCACAGGCCUUGGGAAGUCUUGGAAGUGAGAUCUCGAUAAUUAAGAAACCUUCAUCCAAGAACAGUUCAAACGCAUCAGCCGGCAAUGCAAACAACAGCAACAGCAAUGCACAGAACAUCAGUGCGUCAACGGGAAACACAAACAAGAAGGACUCGGCCAGUGACCUGAUCACAAAACUUCGCACGAUUUUUUCCACCGAUUCAUAUCUCCCACCAAUGCCAACGGCAGCUGAUAUCAAUUUGCUGGCCGAGCAAUCACAGAAAGUUCCGGAAAUCCAACAGAUUCUCAAUUCUGGAAACCUGGACGAUAUCCAAGUUCUAUUAAAAGCGCAGUCUCUGUCCAACAAUAUGCUGGAUUUCGCUGCCUUCCAGCAAGGCACUUCCGGAGUAGGCGCAAACAUUGGCGAAGGGUCCAACAAGGCCAGCAAGAAUGCUGCCAAGGAAGAACGCGAAAGGGAACGGGAGCGAGAACGUGAACGCGAGCGUGAAAGGGAACGGGAACGGGAAAGGGAACGAGAACGUGAACGGGAAAAUGCUGCAGCCGCAGCUGCUAUGAAUCCAUAUCUAUCCGCCAGCAACCUAUCAGCUCUUUUUGAGCCAGUCCAGCGUUCCUCUUCAGGCAAAUCAAACAAGGCAGAUAAGAACAAAGGUUCUUCUGAUCGCAGCGCUACCAGCGUUGCAUCCAAUCCGGCUGAUAUGUUGAACAGCUUGUUCACAUCUGCUGUAGGAGGAGCCGGAGUUGCUGACAUGAAUGCUUUGCUCUACGGUCAAGGCAAAGGAGGUCCUGAUUUAAGCAUGCUAUUCGGAGCGGCUGGAGUAAGUUCCGCACCAACUUCUUCUUCUAAUUCGAACACAACUUCAACUGCUGCUGCUGCCGCUGCUGCAGCAGCCAAACAGAGUCUCGAUUAUCUGUCUAUGUUUCCGAACUUUUCUUCAUCCAAGCUUCCCGAAAUGUCGGCUCUUUUUCAGACCGAUAAAUUCGAAAUCCCAGACCCGCUGGCCAAGGCAACACUGGAAGCCAACAAUAUGUAUCUGGCUCCGUCAGCAUCCUUGCUGAAACUUCAACAGGAAGCAUUCAAUUCCAUGAUGAUGAAGCCUCCAAAAUCAUCGUCCUCCUCAACAUCUUCUUCCAGCAAGAUCGAGACACCGCCCCCAAUCGUCGCCUCGCCUGGAGCGCGCUCGACUCCUACAAAGUCCGCUAGUCGCGAAAGUCCUUCGCUUGGUCCGAAGUACAAUUUUAGUGCGGUCGAUCUUGCGGUGUCUAGUGUUCCGCUUGCGGCUUCCUCACCCCUCGGUGCGGCCGAUUUGUCUAGAAAAACUCCUCAAACUCCACCGGUGGAUAUGCCAGCUUCGCCGUCCAUUCAAACCACUCCGCCUGCAACGGCUGGAUCGUCGCAAAUUUUGCCACCUUAUAAGAAGCGCAUGGAGUUCUCGUCGAUUGCCGAUCUCGUUGCUGCACCCCCCAGCAAGAUGCCGAAACUAUCGUCGGAGCAUUUGGACCCAUAAAUUGCUGUUGAUUGAAUCGGUGGUAAGUUUUUGGACAAACUUCUUUAUCGCAGAUUACUUCAGUAUUGGAUGUAGGUUUAAGAUGCAUAAGUCAGCACAAGAUGAUUUAGAACUGAUUUAUAUUCAAUCAUGACAUUUAUCAAUUGAGCAAGUAAUUUGUCCGAGACACGACAUAUGAAAGAGUAGUGAAAUACUCGCCAAUGAGCAUUUUUCUUCCGAAUCUCGAAAGAUUUUUUCGGAAGGUCACCCUUGAUUUGAUAUUUUUAAACAGCUCCGUAACUCAAAAAGUUACAAUAAUAAUAAUCAAAGUAUUGAUAAAACAGAUAUAAUAAUAUACAACUACGUGUGAUCACAA